AUGUACUACAGAAGCAGCAAUAUUGCGGCUAGGAUUUUCGAUCGUCAAAUUUGCACUCCUGCUCCUGGCACUAGUGUUCAUCAUGCCCGGCGAUUCUAUGAAAAUUUGGUGCCAAGUUACACAGUAUAUGAGGUUGAGUUCCCUGACCAUUCAUUUCGUAAAUUCACAGAGGAUGGUCAAUACCUUGUAAGUUUCAGCAGAAAUCAUCAGGAGCUGAUUGUUUAUAGGCCUAGAUGGCUUUCUUUUUCAUGCAAUGACGAAGAUUGUGAUAAACAUGAUUUGCCAGCAAAAGCAAGAAGAUUUGACAGUUUUUUCACCCAAUUAUAUUGUGUACCACUUGUUUCUUGUAACGAACUUAUAUGUAAAGAUUUCUUUCUUUACAUGGAGAGUAAUAAAUUUGGACUGUUUGCUACUUCUACGGCUCAAAUUCAUGAUGCACCUGCUGUUGGAGGAGCUGUUCAGGGUGUUCCAUCAAUAGAAAAAAUAACUUUUCAUCUUUUGAGAAUGGAAGAUGGAGAGAUCCUGGAUAAGAAGAUCUUCAGUAAUGACUUUGUCAAUUUGACCCAUAAUAUGGGUGUCUUCUUGUAUGAUGAUCUAUUGGCAAUUGUAUCACUUCGCUAUCAAACUAUACACAUUCUUCAGAUUAGGGACUCUGGGAACUUUGUUCAUGUACGUGCUAUUGGGGAGUUCUGCCGUGAAGAUGACGAACUUUUUCUAAAUUCAAAUGCUCAGGGAAUGCCAUUGUCUAACAAAAAUAAACAGCACCAAGUACCAGAGAACCAUGUAGAAAAUCACAUGCAUCAAGGUCAGCCUAAUGUGGGGAAUUCUUUUUUAAGUGGUAUAAAGCAGCGAUUGCUUUCAUUCAUAUUCCAGGGGUUAUGGAAUGAAGAAACAGAUGAUACCUUGAGAAUCCAAAGACUUAGGAACAAGUUUUACUUCCACUUUCAAGAUUAUGUUGAUUUGAUUAUCUGGAAGGUGCAGUUUUUGGAUCGACACCACUUGCUAAUCAAGUUUGGCAGUGUUGAUGGAGGGCCUCAGGUGUCAAGAAAUGCUGAUCACCAUCCAGCUUUUGUUGCUGUAUACAACAUGGAUACAACUGAAAUUGUAUCUUUUUAUCAGAAUUCAGCAGAUGAGCUUUAUCUGUUGUUUGAGAAGUAUGGUGAUCACUUUCAUGUAACCUCAAGGAAUUUAAUGUAUAUGAAUUUCAUAUCUUCUCAUUCAAACAAUAUUCAUGCACUGGAACAGCUACGGAGCAUAAAGGAUAAGGCAAGCAACUCUUCACAGUUUGUGAAGAAGAUGCUCGCCUCUUUGCCUUUUAGCUGUCAAUCACAGAGUCCUUCUCCUUACUUUGAUCAAUCUCUUUUCCGGUUUGAUGAUAAGCUGAUUUCUGCAACUGAUCGGCAUAGGCAGUCAACUGAUCAUCCAAUCAAGUUCAUUUUAAGGAAUUCUCCACACACUCUCAAAUUUAAGAUCAAGCCAGGUCCCGAAGCUGGUAGUUUGGAUGGUCGUGCAAAAAAGAUCUCUUCAUUUCUUUUUCAUCCAUUUUUGCCCUUUGCUCUCUCUAUUCAGCAGACUUUGUUCUUGCAGCCUUCAGUUGUAAAUAUUCACUUUCGAAGAUGA